UCAGUAAAGCAGUGUAAUUCAUAUGCUGCGUAGCACUGCACAGAAAAAAUAUUGAAAAAAAAACCAAAUAGGAAUAUAAUAGAACAGUACUGGAAUAUAUAUAGUAAGUAAAACAAUAACACUGUUUGUUGCACAAUACCUAUUUCACCUAUUAAUAUAUAUUUCUAAACAUAUCAAUUUAUGUAUACAUAUAUAUUAUGAAAUAUAUUAAUAAUGAAUAUAAAUAUAUUGCAGUAUUGAAGGCUCCUCUGGAUUAUCUACUACUGUCAUCACAACCGGUAAUGAAACAAGUACAUGUGUAAGUGUGUAUGUUGGUGAAACCGUCAAUGUUUCAGCAACAUGCUCAAAUGGCUAUGUUGCGAAUAAGACAGUAAUACCAAUGACAGUAGGUAGUUGCUCUGAAAGCGAUUGCAUUGAGUUGCUAUUUGUAAUUAGAUGCAUACAGUCUAGUACAGAAAGUGUACCAACAGUGCCACGUGGAACAACACCUUCUGAAGAACCUAACACCAUACGAACAGGUUCAGUGAGCUCAACUGGACGGACAACCGCAACACCCCCAGAAAUUCAAAAUAAAACAACAAGAACACCUCCUCAUGUACCAAGCACUCUAACAACUGAAUCUAUGUUCUCAACUGAACCAGCAAAAUUGUCUUGUAUUGAUAUCAUAGCUUGUAGUGAUGAUCAAUGCAACCAAUAUAUCUCCCAAGCUAUCAG